AUGUAUAGUUUUGACAAGGAUCUGUGGCAUGUGCGAGCGCGCGUGCAAUCCGAGAUGCAGGAGGAUGUCAAAGACACGGAACGUAGCGAAAGCCCCACAAGUGCAGUAGGGGCGGAGGCCCCACGGGAGCUCCCCAACGAGCUAUCCGCGCCCUACGAGGUACCGCAGUUUCCCAUCGAACAGAUCGAGAAGAAACUACUCAUACAGAGGCAACUGAAUGUUAAGGCUGCGGAAUGCGGGCAGUCGGUGCGUUCUUUCGCCGGCAGCGAGGCUGGUGGGGUGUUGGAGGAGGCGGCGCGACUCCGCAUCACGGACGAAGAAGAGGCCGACGUGGUGCUGCCCCACUUCCAGAGGGUCGCGAUCAGCGGCGAGGACACUUCCGGGGUGCCCCUCGAGGACCUGCAGCAGGCGUCCUCGUACCUGGUGCAGGCGCUGGAGAUCCGCAAGCGCUACAUGGAGAUGUCGCAGCAGAGCUUCGCCACGAUCACGGCGCGCUUCGUGCGCAGCAUGGACUCCGACGCGCCGCCCAACCACGCGCCCACCGCCAAGGGGCCCAAGAGCCACAUCGCAGAUCACAUCGUGCACCCGCCCUUCAAGGACAACAAAGACCCCUGGGAGGGCCCCACUCCCGGGGCGAAGGGCUACAGCAUCCAGGCCGACCGCGGCGUCUUCAACCUGUACCGGGACGGCGAGCGAGUGCCCUACGAAUAUAUCACUCUGCCCCAGUACAUCCAGGACAUGAACACCAUGUGCAACAUGAUCGCCGACGGACCCCUGAAGUCGUUCUGCUAUCGGCGGCUGAGCUACCUCUCGUCCAAGUUCCAGCUUCACGUGCUCCUCAACGAGCUGCGAGAGCUCGCCUCCCAGAAGGCUGUUCCUCAUAGGGACUUCUACAACAUCAGGAAAGUGGACACUCACAUCCAUGCCGCGUCCUGCAUGAACCAGAAGCACCUGCUGCGCUUCAUCAAGAAGACCCUGAAGAACCACGCCGAUGAGGUGGUGACGCUGCACAAAGGCACUCCCAUGACCCUGAAGGCGGUCUUCCAGAGCAUGAACCUCAGCACCUACGACCUCACCGUCGACAUGCUCGACGUGCACGCGGACAGGAACACCUUCCACCGCUUCGACAAGUUCAACGCGAAGUACAACCCGAUCGGCGAGAGCCGGCUGAGGGAGGUCUUCCUCAAGACGGAUAACUACAUGAACGGGAAAUACUUCGCGAGGAUCAUCAAGGAGGUGGCGUCCGACCUGGAGGAGAGCAAGUACCAGAACGCGGAGCUGCGGCUGUCCAUCUACGGCAAGGGCGCGGGCGAGUGGGCCAAGCUGGCUCGCUGGGCCAUCCAGUACGGCGUGCACUCCAACAACGUGCGCUGGCUCAUCCAGAUCCCGCGCCUCUACGACAUCUUCAAGUCCAACAAGAUCAUGAACAACUUCCAGGAGUUCCUCGGCAACAUCUUCCAGCCGCUCUUCGAGGUCACCAACGACCCCAACAGCAACAUCGAGCUGCACAAAUUCCUCACCCACGUGGUGGGCUUCGACAGCGUGGACGACGAGUCGAAGCCGGAGAACCCGAUGCUGGACGCGGAGGUGCGCCCGCCGCUGGGCUGGGACGACGAGGAGAACCCCCCCUACGCGUACUACCUCUACUACAUGUACGCCAACAUCACCGUGCUCAACCACUUCCGCAAGGAGCAGGGUCUGAACACGUUCGUGCUGCGGCCGCACUGCGGGGAGGCUGGGCCCGUGCAGCAUCUCGUCUGCGGGUUCAUGCUCGCUGAGAACAUCUCCCACGGACUGCUUCUGAGGAAGGUGCCGGUGCUGCAGUACCUGUACUACCUGGCGCAGAUCUCGAUCGCGAUGUCCCCGCUGAGCAACAACUCGCUGUUCCUCAACUACCACCGCAACCCGCUGCCCGAGUUCCUGGCGCGCGGCCUCUGCAUCACGCUCAGCACCGACGACCCGCUGCAGUUCCACUUCACCAAGGAGCCGCUGAUGGAGGAGUACAGCAUCGCGGCCCAAGUGUGGAAGCUCAGCUCUUGCGACAUGUGCGAGCUGGCGCGCAACUCCGUUCUCAUGUCCGGAUUCCCCCACGAGAUGAAGCAGUACUGGCUGGGGCCAAACUACACCAAGGAGGGCGUCUCCGGCAACGACAUCACGCGCACCAACGUGCCCGACAUACGCAUCUCCUUCCGCUACGAGACGCUGCUCGACGAGCUCACCAACAUAUUCAAGUCUCGCCUCUCAGUCCGCCAAUUUUCAAAUGGCCCAGCGCCCUCGACGCCGCCGCUCAACAUUAAACCGCCCAUCGUCAGUCUCAAACGGCCAUCUUUAGUU